CCUGUAAAUAGGCUCGCAAUUGCAACUUCUAAGCAUAAAACGAGAUGUGAAAUUCACUGCAAGUGACUGCAGGCGUUGUAGCAAUAGCAGAGAGUACUCGAACUAGAAGUCCCCACGGAAUAUGGCCAUAACUAUCCAUGUUGUUGCUGCACUUAUUACCGUGCUGGCGGGCCGCUGGCACGACUUGGCCUGAAUAUGCGACCAAGCGCGUUCUCGAUAUAUAUAUACAUCCAGCAGCUCUUGUUGCAGACGCAAAAACAGAAUGGGGAAGCGUUGCUCACCGCGGCGAUACUCCAAUACGAUGGCGUAAGCAUUCACCGGAGCUUGAAGAGCAUGCACUCACAUUUGUGACAAGUUCCCGUGGAUGCUGAAGAUGGCGGUCCGUAUCCGCGAGAAUUCGUAAUCAGUAUACCAUUCAGGCACAGACAAAGAGCAAAGACAAAAUCAUGACACGCGAC